UUUUUUUUUUUUGUUUUCGAGCACUGAAAAAGAUCGUUUGCAAAAUAAGCGAUAAGCACGAGUAAAUACAUAUAUUUACAGGAAGUUGUAAAAUUUAUUCUAAAAACAACUUGGAUGAAUUCUAUUUUUGUGUAUAAAAAGAGACUUUAUUGAAAAAUAAAUUUUAGUUGAAUUCAAAACUUCAGAAGCUUUAGAAUGUCUUUCGUAACAAUUAUUUCGUUAACAUUCGUCAUUUUAUCAGUUAUUAAUGGGCAAACAACAACAGAAUCUCCAAGAGAUUGUGGACCAAAUGCCAAAUAUUAUACAUGUUCGAAUAGAUGCCCUAUCUCAUGCUCUAUGCUAAAUGAACAUCCUCGUCAUUUUUGUUCUGGGGAGGAUUGUCUUCGAGGAUGUUUUUGUAAACCAGGAUACUAUAGACAAAGUGUAACAAAUCUUUGCGUAUUACCUAGGGACUGUAAUAGAACAAUUACUCCUUAGAAUUACAUAAAGUGGAAAUAUAUAUAUUCUCUGGAAAAAAUAUUAUUGAAAAUUUUCAAUGUUUAUUUAAAUGUUUCAAAUGAAUCAAUAAAAGUAAAUUCGAAUUAUAAUUAAUUUAA